GCUGGCUACCAGAUUGCUGAGCUUGGAAAGUACCUGGACUACAUUCAUGAUUACGACUUCUACGGCUCCUGGGAUACAAGCACUGGGGAGAACAGCCCUCUGUACAAAGGCCCAGCUGACACCGGUGAUUCCAUCUACUUUAAUGUCGAUUAUGCUAUGAACUAUUGGAAGAGCAAUGGUGCCCCAGCUGAGAAGCUCCUUGUUGGAUUCCCAGCGUACGGAAAUACCUUCAGACUGCAAGACCCAUCUGACCAUGGUCUCGGUGCACCAGCAUCAGGACCUGGUCCUGCUGGACCUUACACACAGGAGGCCGGGACACUGGCUUACUUUGAGAUUUGCACUCUCUUGAAUUCUGGAGGCACCCAGGUUUGGGAUACUCCCCAGGAUGUGCCCUACGCUUACAAAGGCAGUGAAUGGGUUGGCUAUGACAACAUCAAGAGCUUCAACAUCAAGGUUGACUGGCUGAAGAAGAACAAUUUUGGAGGUGCUAUGGUUUGGGCCAUUGAUCUGGAUGAUUACACUGGCACUUUCUGCAAGCAGGGCAAAUAUCCCCUCAUCACCACCCUGAAGAAUGGGCUCGGUCUGCAAAGCAGCGACUGUGUGCCUCCAGCUCACCCCAAUCCUCCGAUCACUGAAGCUCCAUCUACUACAGGUAGUAGUGGAAGUGGGAGUGGGGGCUCAGGCAGCAGCACUGGUGGUUCUGGUGGGAGCGGUUUCUGUGCUGGCAAGUCCAAUGGCAUCUAUGCUGAUCCAACCAGCAAGAGGAGCUUCUACAACUGUGUUAAUGGUGAAACCUUCUUGGAGAGCUGCCAAUCCGGUCUCGUCUUCGACACCAGCUGCUCCUGCUGCAACUGGCCAUGA